GACUUCCAAAUUGAAUUGCUAAUGACUAGGGCAUAGCGGCACUCGGGCACGUUCCAAGCGGCCACCCAACCUCUCUGACCGAGGCCCACACACCCCCGUGAAGCCCGCGCGCACCCAUGGCCUUCACGGACUUCAGCUGCGUGUACUAUGACGAUGGGGACAAGCUGGGCAAGCUGCUGGCGUACGCGGCGCUCAUCCCCUACGUGCUCAUCCUCUUCCACGCCAGCGCCUUCUACUGCCGCAGGGAUAUCCACGAGGCGGUCAUUUUUGCGGGCCUGGUACUGAACGAGGGCGUCGCCCGCGCCCUGAAGCAUCUGCUCGCCCACCCAAGGCCCCCCGCGACGUGCGCCAAGCUGGAUCUGUGCGAUGAGUUUGGGAUGCCUAGCUCUCAUACGCAGUGCAUCGCGUUUGCCUUCGCCGUGCACGCGCUGCUGUGUGCGCGCGGGUUCGCGCUCAAGAGCUUAUCCACGCGUCUGGUUGAGGGAUUUGAGUCGAUUGCGCUGCUCGUAGCGACAGCCAUGGUCGCAACAUCGCGGGUGUACCUGGGAUACCACGAGCUUGAGCAGGUCGCCGCAGGCGCAUGCCUGGGCAUGCUGCUCGGCGCGGCCACAUAUGCAACGCUGAGCUGGAAGUUGUGGGCUGGCAUUGCAUCAUCUCCGCUAGGGAGGUUUUUCCACCUCAAAUCAACGCUGACCAGCUCUGAACUAGACCGGUUGGAGCUUGAGGCUCGUUUUUACCGGAAGUUAAAGCCGGAAUAAUCUCACAUGCUUGGUAUGCAGUGUGAACGCACUGGUUUACGGAGAAGAAAGGCCGUAAUGAAGCGGGGCCGAUCCCACUUGACACGAUGGAAGUACUGCAAGCCUUGCGCUCUGUCCUAAAUGCAGUUAUAGCAUAUGUAUUGUAAUUAACAGUACCU